AAUUUAUAUCCCUCCCUCCAAAGUAAUAAUUGUAGCCCAUUUUUUUCUCCCAUAUACAAAUGAUGUUGUCAAGUUGGGGAGACGAAGAGGAAUUUACAGAGGAGGAUCUUCUCGCAAUCGAGGCCAUCGAGGCUUCCCAUCUCUCCCAAUCAUCAUCUUCUUCUUCUUCUUCGACCGUACGGCCUGCGAACUCAAAUCCAAAUCAGAUCCGUCGCCAAUUGCCUCGUUCCAUCACUUCUCCCACACCCUCUAAGCGAUUUCCACUCUCUCGUUGCAGAGCUAAGAAUUUUCCAGCGAUGAGGUUUGGAGGUAGGAUUUUGUAUAGCAAGACUGCUAGUGAGGUUGAUAGGCGAGCAAUGCAGCUUCUUAAGGUUCUCGAUACCAAGAAAGAUCAUUCUGGGAGAGCUUUUAUUGGCUUUGAUAUUGAGUGGAGACCCAGUUUUAGAAAAGGUGUUCUCCCAGGGAAGGUUGCAGUUGUGCAGAUAUGUGUAGAUAAUAGUUAUUGUGAUGUAAUGCAAAUUACACACUCUGGAAUCCCACAGAGUCUCCAACAUCUUAUUGAGGAUUCAUCUCUCGUAAAGGUAGGUAUUGGAAUUGACGGUGACUCUGUGAAGCUUUUCCAUGACCAUGGAGUGUCCAUCAAAGAUGUCGAAGAUCUUUCUGAUUUAGCCAACAAAAAAAUUGGCGGAGGUUUGAAAAAAUGGGGCCUUGCUUCACUAACUGAGACACUUGUUUGCAAAGAGCUCCUUAAACCGCAUAGAAUCAGGCUCGGAAACUGGGAGGUGCGUCCUCUGUCAAAGGAGCAGUUACAGUAUGCAGCAACCGAUGCUUAUGCUUCGUGGCAUCUUUACCACGUAAUUAACAUCAAAGAAAAACCAUAUUUUCUUACGCAAAGACCUUAACGCAAAAGUGCUAAAGGACCUUCCUGAUGCUGUGGAUUGAUCAUAACGUGGACGAUGAACCUUAAAGGUUAACCACUAGAUGCAGUCUCACGGAUUUGCAAAAGAACAUUUGAACAUUGUAUCUAGUUGCAGUCCAUUUUAGUCGUAAUUCAUGCUCGGUUUAAAUGUUUCUGCAGUAUAAAAUAAAGUAUAAGGUCCUGGUAUGGUUAACAAUCGAGAAACCAGGGGCUUUGUGGUGAGGUUUUUGAUUCAGACUUGGAAUACAGUGUAAAGAUCUGAAAAGCUCUUCCACAGACUCU